AUGAAUGAGAAGAACCAGACGUUGGUCACUGAGAUCUUUCUCUUGGGAUUUCAGAAUCUACACAACUUGAAGAUUCCCCUGUUCUCUCUGUUCCUUCUGAUUUACAUUAUGACAGUUUGGGAGAAUGUUCUCAUCAUAGCAUUGGUGUCAUCCAGCCGGAACCUCCAGUCCCCCAUGUACUUCUUUCUCCAGCAGUUGGCUCUGUCUGAUCUAUUUGACUCUACAAUUAUUAUGCCCACCCUGCUCCAAACUGUAAUACAUGAAGGCACCACAGUGUCCCUUGUAGGCUGUAUUUCUCAAUGGUAUUUCUUUUCCAGCUCUGAUGCAUUUCAGUGUUUCCUUCUAGCAGUAAUGUCCUAUGACAGAUACGUGGCCAUCUGUAUCCCACUGCGUUACUCUUCUAUAAUGUCCCACAGGGUUUGUGUUACAUUAAUUCUCAUACCAUGGGCUCUUGGCUUUGGCCUUACAGUGAUUACAGUGGAUCUUAUAGGGACACUACAGUUCUGUGACCAAAAUACCAUCAAUCAUUUCUUCUGUGAUUUCUUCCCACUUCUUGAGCUUUCCUGCUCAGACACUUUAUCACUUCAAAUAGAGACAUUCUUCCUAUCAGUCCCCAUGAUAUUUGUUCCCUUUAUACUGAUCACUGUAUCAUAUAUGUGUAUUGGCCGUGCAAUCCUAAAGAUAGUGUCCAAUACCGGGAGACAAAAAGCCUUCUCCACCUGCAGCUCCCACUUGGCUGUGGUCUCCAUAUUUUAUGGGACUAUAAUCGCUAUUUAUGUGGUUCCUCCCAGAAAAGAAUCAGAAACCAUUAGCAAAGUUAUGUCUUUGUUAUACACUGUAGGGAUUCCUUUGGCCAACCCAGUAAUUUACAGUUUGAGAAGUACAGAUAUCAAAGAAGGUAAAUCUGGGAGGGAAAGCUACAAUAUGUUUAUAUGUAACUACCCUGUUCUGCAAGCCCCUUAAGUA